AAGCCCGCUUUUGGUUUUCUUUUGGAGAAUUGUAUGUUUUUAAUGUGGAGCACAGCUACGGAAUCCAAAGCCAACAACAGAGAUUAGCGUGCCUGCUCUUCUUCAUUGACGAUCUGUUGUCGGGGAAAUUUCUAGGGUUUUUGGUUGGAGCUGUGGAUCUUGUUAUCCUUUGAUUUGAUUAACGAGGUUUGGUAGAUUCUUGUUUCUAGUACCUUUGUCUAGAUCUGUAGCACUUCAUAAUGACAGAACCAAGCUCAGUAGACAUGAUUUUGGACUUUCUGAGGAGAAAUAGCUUUAAGAGAGCUGAGGCAGCUUUGCAGAGUGAACUUAGUAGCCGCCCUGAUUUGAAUGGAUUCCUUAAGAAACUUACCGUAGAAGAAAAAGACUCUGGCAAGGUACUAGCAGAAGAAAAUGGGAAAAAAAUAGUGGGCGGAAGUCAUGGCUCAGGUUCUCAAAACAGUAGUGAGGUUUCUAAGGAACUUAUAGUGACAGAGAUAGAGUGUGGGGCUGGCAAAAAUGGGUCUGAAAGCAAAUGGAGAACUGCUGCUUCUACUGGGGAGUGUAAUAAACCUAGUGAAGCAAAAGUAGCAACUGAUAAAAGUUUCACUUUCUCUAAAAGUUCAGAGGAUGCUUUACCCAAUUUGCAGUCCUGGAGCUUCAACACUAGCAAUGGUCCUGAUAUGUACAACAAUGAUAGUUUUGUUAGUAGCACUAGCUUUUCAGAGCUAGAGAAACCGCAUCAGUCAAGAUAUCGUACAGCUGCUGCUCCUGACACCGAUAAAUCUGAAGAAGAGCUUUCCUUUUCUGGUGAAAUGAAAACUUCAUGGCUUGGAAAUACUAGCAAAACUAAUGUAGAUUCCAAGUAUGACAAGUUUCAUACCAGUGAAACUAAGGACCCUGAUCAGCAAUUUAAGACUAGCAGUGCAUACUCGAAGGAAAACUUUCCUGAUAACAGCAGAUGGUCUAGAACUAAGGAGCCCACUAGUUCAUCUUCAGAGAUAUGGAAAGAUUGUUCUGUCAAGAUUGUUUUUCCCUUCCCUAAGGGGGAUGUAUCAAUCAGUUAUGAUGCUGCUGGUUCUUCAGAUAAGAGAGAAGGGAAGAAGAAAGCAGAUCAGGUGGAUGAGGUUGGAAGGGCUCUAAUCUUCGGGAAGUCUCAAGGCAGUGGUGAGCAAAAAGGUAUAAAUGGGUUGGCCUUCCCUCUUGCAUCUGAUAAUCCAAAGGAAGAGUUACCUAGAUUGCCACCUGUUAAACUCAAGUCGGAGGAGAAGUCAUUAAAUGUUAAUUGGGAGGAAAAAUAUGAGCGUGUUGGCUCGGGGGUGAAGCUUACUAGUGCUGACAAUACCUUACUUAUAGGGUCCUAUCUGGAUGUUCCCAUUGGGCAAGAAAUAAACUCUUCAGGUGGGAAAAGGAAUGCUGGAGGUAGUUGGCUUUCAGUGAGUCAGGGAAUUGCAGAAGAUGCAUCUGAUCUGGUUUCUGGUUUUGCUACUAUUGGUGAUGGAUUAAGUGGAUCUGUUGAUUACCCAAAUGAGUAUUGGGACUCUGAUGAAUAUGAUGACGAUGAUGAUGUUGGAUACAUGAGGCAACCUAUCGAGGAUGAAGCCUGGUUUCUGGCUCAUGAAAUUGAUUAUCCUAGUGACAACGAAAAGGGGACUGGGCAUGGGAGUGUUCCGGAUCUGCAAGAAAUAGGUCAAACCAAGGAUGAAGAUGAUGAUCAAUCAUUUGCGGAGGAGGAUUCUUAUUUCUCGGGUGAACAAUAUUUCCAGGCAAAGAAUGUUGAACCUGUUGCAGCUUCAGAUGAUCCUAUAGAGCGGUCUGUAACUGAAAUGUAUAGCAGGACUCAUGAGAAUGAUUUAAUUGCCCAAUAUGAUGGGCAGUUGAUUGAUGAAGAGGAGCUUAAUUUGAUGUGUGCUGAACCUGUUUGGCAAGGAUUUGUUACACAGAAAAAUGAACUUAUCAUGCUAGGAGAUGGAAAAGUUUUCAAUGAAUGUGGCAGAUCUCUGCUGGGUGAUAUUUGUAUAGAUGAUGAUCAGCAUGGUUCGGUUAGGUCUAUUGGUGUGGGAAUCAACAGUGAUGCUGCUGAUAUUGGCAGUGAAGUACGUGAAAGUUUAGUUGGAGGUAGUAGAGAAGGGGAUUUAGAAUAUUUUCAUGAUCAUGAUUUUGCUAUUGGUGGGUCCAGACAAAGUCAUCAUGCGACAGACAGGAAAUAUAUUGAUAAAUCAGUUAGGGAUAACAGGAAAACUGGGGAAAAUGAUUCCAAUAAAUAUAUUAUUGGGAAUGAUAAAGGUCUGAGCUCCCAGGCGAAGUAUCUUGCAGCUGGGGGAUUUUCAUUUCCUCCACCGCUAAGAGAUGGGCAUUUGGUGCAGGCAGGCUCUAGUAAGUCUCUGUGGUUGAGUAACUGCAAUGCUUCUGGCGAUGAACAUGAUGACUGUUUGAGUGCUUUGAUGGGGUCCGAUGAUAUGCCUGCUACAUGGAGACGGAAAAGCAGCGAUUCUUCAACCACCAAAAGUUCUAGGGUUGAAAAUAAUGCUAAUGCUGUAAGAUCAGCAAAUUCUUGUCCUUCAACUCUCUCUAAUUAUGAUUAUGGUGAACAAGAGAAGAUCAAGAAAGAAGAGGAUGAGAAAAUUAGUGGUGUGAGGGGAGAGGAUCCUGGGGUAUCACUUGAAGAUGAAGAGGCUGCUGCUGUCCAAGAGCAAGUGAGACAAAUUAAAGCACAGGAGGAGGAAUUUGAAACCUUCGACCUCAAGAUUGUGCAUAGAAAAAACAGAACUGGAUUUGAGGAGGACAAGAAUUUCCAUGUUGUUUUGAAUUCUGUCAUAGCUGGGCGCUAUCAUGUUACUGAGUAUCUUGGGUCAGCUGCUUUUAGUAAAGCUAUACAAGCACAUGACCUGCACACAGGCAUGGAUGUAUGUGUGAAAAUUAUAAAGAACAACAAGGAUUUUUUUGAUCAAAGCCUUGAUGAGAUUAAGCUUCUCAAGUAUGUUAACAAACAUGAUCCAGCGGAUAAGCAUCACAUUCUCCGAUUGUAUGAUUACUUUUACUACCGAGAGCAUUUGCUAAUAGUCUGUGAACUUCUCAAGGCAAACUUAUAUGAGUUUCAUAAAUUUAAUAGGGAAUCAGGUGGAGAGGUUUACUUCACUAUGCCAAGAUUACAGUCAAUUACCAUUCAGUGUUUGGAGGCUCUCCAGUUUUUGCAUGGCCUUGGCCUAAUACAUUGUGAUCUGAAGCCAGAAAAUGUAUUAGUAAAAAGCUAUAGUAGAUGUGAGGUGAAGGUCAUUGAUCUUGGGAGCAGUUGUUUUGAGACAGAUCAUCUAUGCUCCUAUGUUCAGUCCAGGUCCUAUCGAGCACCAGAGGUUAUCCUAAGACUUCCAUAUGAUAAGAAGAUAGAUAUUUGGUCACUUGGCUGCAUCUUGGCGGAACUCUGUACUGGCAAUGUCCUCUUCCAAAAUGAUUCACCUGCGACGUUACUCGCAAGGGUAAUUGGAAUCAUAGGUCCCAUUGAACAAGACAUGCUUGCCAAAGGACGGGAUACAUACAAAUUUUUUACCAAGAAUCACAUGCUUUAUGAACGAAAUCAGGAGACCAACAAACUGGAAUACCUGAUACCCAAGAAGACAUCUUUGAGGCAUCGAUUGCCUAUGGGGGACCAGGGUUUCAUUGAUUUUGUUGCUCAUUUGCUUGAAGUAAACCCAAAGAAGCGUCCUUCUGCAGCUGAGGCUCUGAAGCAUCCAUGGCUAUCAUACCCUUAUGAACCCUUAUCAGCUUGAGUGCUCUGAAUAUUUGCUGAUGGAACUUGCUGCAAUUGCUCAACUCAUUUCAGCUUUCACAUUGAAUGGGGAAGGAGCUGUAUUUUAUUACUGACUGGAGUUGGUGUCAUCGAUUGAAGGAGUUUUCCCCCCUUUCAUGUGCCUGCGAAAUGCAUUCAAAGGUGUGUUUGGUUAUAUAUUAUUUUCCUUCCCCUUACCAGAGUAGUAAUUGAACUUUUACCAUUAUGAAGGAUGUAAUAUUGGAACAGUGUAUCCUUAGAGUUUAGUUCCUUCAUCACUCGAGGGGAAUCAAUCUUGUUGUACAUGAUGUUUGAUAAUUCCUGUAGAUUAUUUAGUAAUAACUUGUGAUAUAGUUGGUAACAAAAGUUUUGGUAUUGGCUGCACGCAAGGCUGCUAUCCCAACAAGUUUUAGGUUGAUUUGGGCUUUUUGGCCAUCAGAUAUUCAGAUAUUCUUCUCAUUUACAGCUUUGGCUUUUCAAUCGACUUCUCUCUCUCUCUCUCGUAGAUUGCACCAUGUUUUGUUUUAAAUCGUUUUUGUUAUUAUGAGGGUGAAAU